AUGAGCGAAGCGAGCGGACGAUUAGGAAGCAGCGCUAGGAAUUCGGAUUCCAACAAAGCAGAGAACAAGCCGAAAUCGGUCGAAAUCAAAGUGCAGCGUACGGAACGUGUAGAAAGACGUGAGCAGUACGAAAACAAAGAUUGGAUUAACAACAACGAUACCUAUGCCAUGCCAAAAGCGCAAUCCGCAUUCGGAUCGCGAUCAUCAUUAGCGACGUCGCAGGCACGAGGCGAAUCUAGCGACAUCGACUUCAGUUGGAUUCGUGAUGAGGAGAGAAAACUCAGGAACGAGGAACGAGAGAAUGCGAAACGCCUGCCAGAAUGCUAUUUCGGUAUGGAUCCUCCAAAAUUGGAUGACACACCGCUUACUUCUCAUAAUCGUUCAGAACGAGAUGAGAAAGAGAAUCAUCGUAGCAUCGGCAAUGUUCGCAGCACUGCGGCAGCAUUUGAGAACGAGCUGAGGGCAAAACGAGAGCAGGCGCUGAAAUCCCGAUCGUCCACACAUUUGGAGGAUCGCCAAAUGGAAUAUUCAGCUAGGCGUGAGAUGGGGCCAAUGGCAAGGCGUUUACAACGAAUGCAGGUAGACAAGGCUUUCUACUCUGGAAAAAACACCGUAGGCGUGCCUGUCUGCCAGAGGGUACUUCGCUGUUUCAAUUUGUUAUGA